UGACAAUCAAUAAAUUAAAUAUAAAAACAUACUAUGAGUACUAUAAGAAAUCGAACCAACGUUAAAUUAGCGAAACUGUUUUACAAAUACGCUGAUAGAACUGAACACGAUGAAAAACCAAUAGACGAAGUCAAUGAAUCAAUAGAAUUAGACGAAGACUCGUAUCCGCCUUUUAAUUUCUCAUGGUUCAUCGAAAACAAGAUCGCGGCCAUGGCCUGUCCGCAGAAUGUUGGCAACUUGAACUAUUUAGCAGAUGUUGGAGUAAAUCACAUAAUCACCUUGUCACCCGAACGUAUACCGCCUGUAAUGUUUUGUAAUAGGAGAUUGAAGUGUACGAAGAUUCCGAUCAAAGAGUUCGGCGCGCCAACCUUGAAACAAAUCAUUAAAUUUAUUGAGAUUUGUAAAAAGGCUGAUAUCACAGGAGAGAUUAUUGGUGUCCACUGUCAAAACGGCCACGCUCGUACUGGUACAAUGCUGGCCUGCUAUCUCGUUUUCUUCAAGAAUAUGACACCAGAACGAGCUUUACUUACAGUUCGGGUGAAAAGACCAGGAUCCUGUGAACCCUACGCUCAAGAGGUGGUCUGUCAUUACCACGAUUGCAUUCGAGGUACGAUUACGAAGCCAGACUAUCGUCUUGUAGACGACAAACUAUAUUUUGACUUUUCAAUGAAACACUCGUACCCAGAUGAAGAUAUUACAAAUUUGAAUGAUGAUAUGCCGCUGCCUGUUAUAGAGACAUUCAAGGAUAAACUAUAUAAAGACGCCGAAUUCAUUAAAAAGGUCGAUAAAGUGGAAGCGGAGAAAAGGAAACGAAUGAAAACAAUGGUGAUUAAUCAUAAGAUAUAUUUUUAG